GCGCAACACCAAUGGUCUUGGAACCAAGACUAUCCCUGGCAUGGUUUUAGUGUAGCGCACACAAAUAUGCUUGUACAUGAUGUACAUAUGCAUAAACAGCGUGCACAAGGUGUGGUUGUUGACAUUUUGCGCGAAUGACAAGAAUUGGUGGUGCUUUUAUUUUACCCACAUACACCCACAUGUGGAGUACCGUUGUGGAGUACCUAAAUUAAUCGCUUUGAAGAAGAAGGAAGGAAACUCAGAAAAAUGAGUCAACAGCCAUCGGCACCGCCUCCACCUCAGGGGUACGAGGCAGUCCCACAGCAGGAGCCACCGUCUACACAGGGAGAUGGGGCAACCCCACAACAAGAGGGACCUCCACAACAAGGGGCACCUCCACAACAGGGAUAUGGGGCGCCUCCACAGCAGGGGCCACCUCCACAGGGGGCACCUCUGCAACAGGGAUAUGGGGCACCCCCACAACAAGGGGCACCUCCACAACAGGGAUAUGGGGCGCCCCCACCUCAGGGGGCACCUCCACAACAGGGUUAUGGGGCACCCCCACCUCAGGGGGCACCUCCACAACAGGGUUAUGGGGCACCCCCACAGCAAGGUUAUGGGGCGCCCCCACAGCAAGGCUACGGGCCGCCCCCACAGCAGGGGGCACCUCCACAGCAGGGCUACGGGGCACCCCCACAGCAAGGCUAUGGGGCACCUCCUCAGCAAGGCUACGGGGCACCCCCACAGCAGGGCUACGGGCCUCCCUUGCAACAGGGGGCACCUCCACAACAGGGAUAUGGGGCACCCCCACAGCAGGGAGUUGAAAUGCAAGCUUGGAAGCCUGGUGCCGUUUCCGAGGGCGCCACUCCGUACAAGUGGGACAAAGUUCCUGAUGAUGACCCCGAUGACAACGAGAAUGCAUCGGAGGAGCCAGGAGCCGCCCCAGACAUUAGCAAGCUGGAGGCUGUACCUGGAUAUGAAACAGUCGCAUUUGACGAUGGUCCACCUGUUCCUCCACCUGCAUAUGAGCCCCCAUCAGAAAACGAUCGCCCACAAGAGGUGUUUGAAACGAAAGAUAACAUUGAGGAGGAUGCAGUCAAGACGGCCAUGUUGACGUAUGUGGACAAACACUGCUGCUACGGCUCAAGACCUGCCAAGAACAUGGCGAUCAGUAAGAUUAUACCCACGCAUGCUCUUCAUUACACACUGGAAACGUUCAACGAGGCAAGGACGACAUCCCGCAAGUUUAAACCCUUCUUUGGCGGCAUGGUGGACGGCCCUCAGAACGGUGCUCCGCCACCGGUGUGGUCGAUGGAAUGUAGACCAAACACCCAGUUUGAGACUCAUGAGAAGCAUCUGGAGGUGCCUCACACGUCUUAUCUUCAGACCUGCCAUCGGUGUACUGGCCUAGGAUUUGUGAUGUGUGGACGUUGCUAUGGCAGAGGAAGGGUUCGCUGCUCAACUUGCUGCGGUAGUGGUCACAGAACUGUCCAUCGUGAUGGGCAAUCCCAUCGUGAAAGCUGUUACUCCUGCCACGGCUCAGGACGUCGCAGGUGUAUGCGCUGUGGUGGCGAUGGCAGGGUGACUUGUCCUACUUGCGAAGGAUGUCGUACCCUCAGGCACUACAUUCUCCUCACAGUCUCUUAUGUCAACAACUCAUCUGACUAUAUCCUGGAGCAUACAGACAUGCCGGAUGAGCUGAUCAGGAACGUCAGUGGACAGGUUGUGUUUCAACAAGCACUGCCCUUUGUGUGGCCAAUCUCACAGUUCCCGGUUCAAGAGGUGAACCAGAACUCCAUUCGUAUCGUUGAGCAUCACCGCAGUGCUUGGCCCAAUGCCAUGCUUCACCAGCAGCGACAAACUCUUCGUUCAGUCCCGGUGACCGAGGCCCACUAUGAUUGGAAGGACGUGAGCACACGCUUCUGGGUGUACGGCUUCGAACACGAGGUCUAUGCACCAGACUACCCUCACCAAUGCUGCUGGGGCUGCAAUGUACUGUGAUCUGAUCAACGAUCGAAUUGGAAGGCAUUACCGUGGAGGUGUGAUCACGGUUGUCAGUUUGUUGCGUGUAUAUUCCAUUCACCAAUCCCUGUGACUUCAGGCCAGGGCCCAAUUUCACAGAGCUGCUUACACGAAGAAAAAUUGCUUAAUAUUUGUUUGCUUAGAAUAACUGAGCAGGAUACCAGUCUUAAAUUGUACACUGAACAUGGUAGGUUGGUCGGUAACGUUUUUCUGAAUUAGAAAAUUUGUUGCUGAAGCAUCUGGAUAUCAACAAAAUUAGGUGACCAUCUUGCGCGUUCACAAAUGAAUUUGCAUUGUUGUGUCUUUUAUUUGUAUAAAGUAAGCACCUUAAGGUUAGCAUGCCUUUACAGGUGCUCAUGAAAUGGAAACUUUUCCAGUUAAGCACAAAAUUGGCUGUUAAUAAGCAGUUGAAAUUAGGCCUUUGUCUUGGCAUUGGUUGAUGCCCCUAUGAGAUUUUCCAAUGGAAGUGCCUUUUGCAAAAUGAAAAUGCCUUCCCAAAGAUAAAAAACCAGGCCUCUGAUUGGAUCUUGAAUGUGUGUGUGUGUGUUUAACAAGUUGUAUGUGUGUGUAAGUAUGGUUUAUAAUAACUUGCGUCCAAGUACAAUUUUACUGUAAUCUAUACAGUAUUGUUAUUAUAGCCAAAGUGAUCUACUGGGUAAAUUUUAGAUAAAUUGUUCGGUACACCUGUAGAGAAAAAUUGAUUAGAGUGGGAUUUGGUCCUGCUACCUCUGGAAUAACCUUCCGGUGCCCUACCAAAUCUUGCUGUUGUAAAUUUGUCUUUAUUCAACAAAUCCCCUCCCCUCCCACCCAAUCUGCUAAUUCAAGUUAAUAAAUGUAAAUACAUCUAAACGGAAACGGUGAAAAAUUAAUUUUGGAGCUGAAAAUUCCAAAUGGCCUGUUAUUAGAUAUGAAAAAUACAAACGUGAUACACUAGAAUUGAGUGUUUGUAGAAACAAACACGUGUUCAGCUAUCGUUGGGCCAAUGUUUGAAUCAAUGAAAAGAGUGUUCAUAGCUCGUAAAUAUGCAAAGAAAUCAAAAUGAAAAUGUUUUCUCGAUGUAUGAUUUUGGUAGAGCAUCAAAGGUGUACUUUUCAACCUUUAAGUUAUUAAAUUUAAAAACAUUUAACAGGUACUUCCGGUUUAUACAGGUCAAAAGGUCAAGAGAAGGUCACCAACAUAUCCAUUUUUUAAGUACUAACAAAGCCCUCUCAAAUGUAUAGGUUGUCAAAAUAGCUUGUGUGGUUGAGGAAAUGUGCGUUAAAGGCACUGUACGUACACAUUUGGUAAUUGUCAAAGA